AUGACUUCAGAUCAAUCUCCGCUACAACUGGCCGCGGGUGUAGCGAAGCACAGUUCUUUUCGUGCUUGUAACGGGUAUGCGCGGGGACAGGCGGGUGGUGGAGGGGAUGGAGUGGUUCGUCGCGGCACGGGGCUAGAGCAGGACGAGGAGCAGGAGGAAGAGUGGGACGAGGAGAGGGAGCAGGAGGAAGAUGGGGAGGAGGAUGAAGAAGACGAGGAAGGGGAGGAGGCUCUGGAGGUGUGUUCACAGAUGGACGAUGCAUGGUAUGCUGCACGGCUGUGGGUUCUACCUGCUGGGAAAAGAAGAAACGGAGCGGCAUUGGGGACAGGCGGGGAUGGAAGGAGAGGGCAGGGCGGUGGAGAUACGGAUGGCAGUGAUAAUGAUGAUAACCCAGACAGAGCUAGCCAUGGCAAUCACCAUUCCAAUCAUCAUAACCAUUCCCGGAGGCUGUUGGUGGAGUUUAAGGGGUUCAGUGGGGAGGAGGAGGUGCUGGCAGGCGAGCAGCAGGUGCGGGCGAGGGUGCGAUUCGUGUCGCACCAGCUGCAGGACGCGCGGUGCUGGGCGGUGAAGCGUGGUGACAAGGUGUGCGCGUACCGCGUCAGUGGCGAGCAGUGCACGUACUACGAUGCCCGCGUGCUUCAGGUGGGGACUCCCUUUGCACUCUCUCCCUUUGCACUCUCUCCCUUUGCACUCUCUCCCUUUGCACUCUCUCCCUUUGCACUCUCUCCCUUUGCACUCUCUCCCUUUGCACUCUCUCCCGUUGCACUCUCUCCCUUUGCACUCUCUCCCUUUGCACUCUCUCCCUUUGCACUCUCCCAUUUGCACUCUUUCUCCUUCUCCCGCUCCUCUUCAUCUUUGUCGCCGUCGCUGUCCUUGUCCUCCUCCUCCUCCUCCUCCUCCUCCUCCUCCUCCUCCUCCUCCUCCUCCUCCUCCUCCUCCUCCUCCUCCUCCUCCUCCUCCUCCUCCUCCUCCUCGACCCAAUGGUUCACCUCUCCUUCCAUUCCCCCUUCCAUUCCAAGCACAUUUCCACCCCAUUCAUCACACCAGGCCACACGAGAGCCACCCGUGAUUCACCAGGAGCACACAUGGGCGCACGGCGAGGAGGAGUGCACCUGCCACUUCUCCCUGCGCUGGCUCGCAGGCCCCGCCAAGGGCCAAGUAAUGGAAGCAGGGUGCGCACACAUAUGCACUCUCGACCCCCGUGACGUAGCGACCUGCCAUCCCCUCAUCGCCUGGUACAUUCACUCGCAGGACCUCAUGCCUCCCCCUGAGCGAUUCAUCCUUGCAAAGUCCAGGCAGGCCUGCUUAGUUCCCUCUCCACGUGUUGCUGCUGGGGGGUUUAGGGUGGCUGGUGCUGCUGCUGGGGCUAAUGGUGGUCGUGGUGCUGGUGAUGCUCGUGGGAUGGGGGGUGGUGUCAAGGUUAGUGGUAAGGGAGGUUCUUUCAAGGGUGCUGCAGGUGCUGCUGCUAGGGAUGGUCUGUCUACUGCCCCGCUGCUUGCGCUGAGAGGAGCCGAGGCCGUGGUGGGGAAGAAAGAGCGGAAGCGCAAAUGGGGUGGUGCUGCUGAUGCUGCUGGUGUUGAUGCUGACAUUGAAGAUGGGAACGAAGAAGACUCACGCAGUCGUAUUAAGGAGAAGGUGAAAAAGAAGAGGAAGCUGUAUCGAGGAGAUGGGAAUGGGGUACGGGCUGAGCGCCACGCUGGUAGACAUGCCAUGGUGGUAUAUAGAGAUAACCCACCACACAGAGAGGCAAGCGAGGCAAGAGGGGACAGAGAUGAAAGAGUUGAAAGUGCGGAAGCAGAUAAUGCAGGGAUGCAUUCAGUUCUGCCAACGCCAUCGCCACUCACCCCUCUGCACCAUGCUGCUGGUGCCGCCUCACCGCUCACUCCAGUCAGUCCUGCCUUUACACACAUCCUUGCACUCCCUGCUGUCCGCCCUGCCCCGCUCUCGCCAAAACCUCAGUUGUCAAUGCCUCACACCUCGAAGCAUCACUCCCCAACGCCUCACUCCUCAAAACCCCACUCGCCAGAACCUCACUCCCCUCAGCUUCGUGUGAGAAGGCAUGAGCGCUCUCCUGUGGAGAGUCGUCCUGGCUCGAGGGUAGAGCGAGAGGAGGAGUGGGAGGGCUGGAGAGAAGGGGAGGGGGGUGGGCGGCGAGGCUCCGGGCAGGAGGAGGAGAGGAGGGAGCAGGGGGUGUUGAGAGGUGCAGGGAUGAAGCGAAGUGAGGCUAGAUUUUCUCCUGUAGCUGUUCACACUGCUGCUGCUGAUGGUGUUGUUGGUGGUGGUGGUGCUGCUGGUGGUGGUGGGGCCAGAGCAGCAUGGGCGGAUGGGCAUGGUGGGAGGUACGAGCACCCCCGACGUGCGAUGCGAAGCCCGGAGGGUAACUUGGAGCAACGGGGAUAUGACACAGCACGGUACUGGUCGAGAAGCCCUUACACUGCGUCCCCCACUCCUCCCCACACUGCGUCCCCCACUCCUCCCCACACUGCGUCCCCCACUCCUCCCCACACUGCGUCCCCUGGUCCUCCCCACACUGCGUCUCCCACUCCUCCCCACACUGCGUCCCCAACUCCUCCCCACACUGCGCCUGAGAGUGCUGCUCGUCAUAGCGAGUAUAACAGUGAGCACCAUAGCGGGUAUCACAGUAACUGGUACGGGCGAGGGGGUGAAAGGGCACGGAGUGGAGACAGGGGAGGGGGGGACGGUGAGGAGAUGUGUGGGGCGCGGGAGAGGGAUCAUGCGGGCGAUUCUAGGAGGGGCUUGGGCAGGGAUGGGUAUGUGGAUGCACAUGGGAUGCAGGGUGAUGAUGAAGAGAUGGGCAUGCGGCAUGGGUACCAUGAAACGUUUCUGGAGAAGCGGAAAGAGGUGGGGAUGGGGAGGUACGAGGGGUUGGACGGGGAAUGGGGAAGGGUGGUGAGAAGAGGGGAUGAUGUGGAUGGGAGGAGGAGGUUGCGAGAGAGGGAGAGGCAGGUGAGGGGUUUUGGUGUGGAAGGGGAGAGGGAACAUGGGCGAGAGAGAGAGAGGGAAAAAGGUAGUAGCAGGGAGAGGGAUAAGGAUAGACACAGGCAUCGGGACAGGGUGGGUGGAAGGGAGAGAGAGAAAUACAAGGAGAGGGGGGAGGAAUUGCAUGGGGAGAGGGAGGAGAGGGAAAAGAAGCUGGAGAUGGAGAGGGAAGGGGAGAGGGUUAGGGAUAGGGAUAGGGAUAGGGAUAGGGAUAGGGAUAGGGAUCGGGAUAGGGAUAGGCAUAGGGAUGGGGAUAGGGAUAGGGAGAGGGAGAGGGAGAGGGAAAGGGGGGGAGAGAGGGAGCGGGAAGAAGAGAGGGUUAGGGAGAGGGAGAGGAACAGGGAUAGGGAUAGGGUGGUGCUAGCCGUGCAGGAUAGACAUGGGGGGGUCUGGGAAGCGGAGGGGGAAGGCGAGGCAAGGGGUGGAAGCAAUAGAAACAGGUCACACAAGCAGGAGCAUCUGGUAGAGAGAGGCUUUGGAGGGGGAGAAGGAGAUGGAUAUGAUGGAGAGAGGGGUCGUGGAGUGGGAGGGAGAGGGAAGGAGGGGUUGCAUGAGGGCGAGUGGGGCAGCAGCCGCAGUGUAAGCAGGGAUAGGGAAGGGCACAGAGAGGGGUUGUUGAGUCCUGGAGGGGUGGAGGGUGGAGAGAUGGAGAGGCGGAGUUGGAGCAGGGACCGGGAGGGUGGGGGCAGGGAAAGAGGGGGUGGGGGGAGGGAACGGGAAAGGGGGGCCAGGGAACGAGAGGGUGGGGGCAGGGAAAGGGAGAGAGGAGGCAGGGAAUGGGAGAGAGAGGGCAGGGAAGGGGAGAGAAGAGGCAGAGAGUGGGUGAGAGGGGGAAGGGAAGGGGAGAGGAGGGGUAAGGAGCGGGAGAGAGUGGACAGGGAAGGGGAGAGGAGGAGCGGGGAGUGGGAGAGCAGGAGCAGGGAGCGGGAACGAGGGGAGCGGGGAAGGGACGAGGAGGGGGAGGAAGGAAGGCAUGAUGAGUGGGAGAGGGGUAAUAGCUUCAGCAGAGAGCAGUCAGCUGAGGAGAGGAACAGGAGAGGGGAUAGUGAUGAUGGGGCUUUAAGAGGAGCUGGCGUGGUGGGGCAUAGUUUGGCAGGGGAUUUGCAUGAGAGGGGGGAAAGGCGACGAGGGGAGGGAGACGGGGGUAGAGAGGGAGGAGGGCGAGGAGGAGGUGGUUCAGGGGGUGGAGAAAGGGGAGGAAGCAGAGGGGAGGCAGGGCGAGGGGGGGGAGAAGGCAGUGGGUAUGGAACUCAUGGGAAUGGAAUCAGAGGGAGAGGAGGAGGAGGAGGAGGAGGUGGUGGUGGUGGUGGUGAUGGUGGAGGUGGGGAUGGGGAUGGGCGGGAUGGCAGGCAGUGGAGGCGGGAGAGAGAGCAUGCACUCCCUGUUGCUACGACCCGUGCUGCUGGAACACCACUCGCUUCUGAUACUGCUGCUGCUAAGAGCAGCGCUGAUGGUGCUGCUGCCGCUGCUGCUGGUGCGGACAUCAGCACAGGCGGUCCUGGCAGCGGUGCUGGCGGCGGUGCAAGCGGUGAAGGUUCAAGGUCAAAAGAGGCUCAACUCGCAUCUGCUGCUCCUGUCUUUGCCUCUCAUGCGCCUUCCUCCACCUGGGAUGGCCGGCAGCCGCGAGGCAGAAGCGCGGUCGUUAGAGGGGGGCGAGUAGUGGCAGUCCGGGGAGGGGUUCCAGAGACUCCCCAAAGGUCUCUCCCAAGAGUCGUUAGAGGUGCUGGCGGUGGCAGUGGUAGUGGUGGUGGUGGUGGUGGUGGUGGUGGUGGCAGCAGCAGCAGCGCGGUUGUUAGAGGUGGGCGGGCAGUGGCGGUCCGGGGCAGGCCUGUUGCUGUGAGGGGAGGGCGAGCCGGAGCAACAAGUUCUGUGAUUAAGGCAGAGGAAGGGGGAUUACCUGCAGAAGCAGAGGAACGGGGAAUGCGGUGGGUGGGUGGGAGGCGAGAUGUGGAGGAUACGUUAAGAGUGGAUGCACGUAGAGGGAGUGGGGACAACGUGAGGAGAUUAAAUGUGGAUACUCCACCCGCUGUGCUGCAAUCCCCUCCCGUUGCUGCUCUCGUUCCUCAAAACACACCUCCUCCCGCUCCUCCUGCUGCUGCUGCGGCUGCUGCUGCGGCUGCGGCUGCACCUGUGAGCCAUGCCAUGGCGCCCACCAUGCCCAGCGCAUGGGCCACAGAUGGUGCCACGGCGGUGGUGGUCAUUGAGAACUUAGAGGAUGAUACGGUUGCUCAAGACGUGCGAGAUGUGGUGCAGGUAAUUCCCUCUUCGCUGCAUGCUCGUGCUUGCUUGUCGAGCCCUUUACAUGAGCUGCCCAAUCUCUUUGCUUCGCUUGUCCUUUUAUUUCUUCCUUUCAUUCUUUAUUAUGGUUCACUAGACCGACCCCUCCUUCCACCGGACACUACCACUCGCUUGCAGGCGCUCACAGUGUUUCCAGUGCUGGGAGCGGCGUUCUUCCCCCGGCACCCUCUGCGCGACCCCCCUGGGGCCGCAUGGGCGGCUCUGCUCUUCCGCUCGCGCGACGAGGCCGCCAGUGUGGAGCGCUUCCUCUCGCACGACGCCGCUGUCAUGCCCUCCGCCACUCGCAGGCCCUGGAGAGCGUGGGUGAUGCAAGGGCAACCAGCUGCAGACCUCAAGCGAUACCUGGUGCCAUCACAGCAGCAGCAGCAGCAGCAGCAGCAGCAGCAGCAGCAGCAGCAGCAGCAGCAGCAGCAGCAGCAGCAGGAACCGCAUACUGAGCGCAUAAGUUCCCGCACCGAGACGGCUGCUUCUUCUGCUGCUACACCUAUGGUAUCCACCCCUCACUCUCCCACACCAACGAACACCACAUCCCCAACCCGUUUUCCCUUCUCUGUGGUCCUGUCUUUUGAGUUUUUGAGAAUUUACAAAACCUCCCUGUCCCUCUUUGUCUCUGCAUCUCAUUUCGACCAGCCUCCACUCAUGCUUCUCCUCUCCCACUUCGUCUCACCUGCCCCCUCCCAUAUCCCCAACCCCCCCAACUGUCCCAGGAGGCCUGCUCUGUAUCGUUCCCACCUGGAAACACGCAGCCACUUCCUUCUCAAGGCACCAGAGAAACCGCCACACCAACACUACCUCACACAGCUGUCGCUCCCCAUGUCUCACGAUCCAAUUCCCUGCCCCGACCCUCCUCGGCUCGACCCUCCUCUCCCCGACCAUCCCGUUCCCGACCCUCCUCUCCUCGACCGGGUGGGAGAAGCGCGGUGCCGCCUCAUUUGUCGCUCGUGCCGUGGCAGUCGGAGGCCGCAGAGCUGCAGCGGCGGUGGAGGCGCAUGA